GCCUGCUUCUAUCUCAAGCUCUGGUCACUUCGCCGAUAAAGACUUGUUGAAUCUCUUUAGAAAUGCCGACUCUACAAGGCUCUUUGCCUCCUGAGCUCGCUAACAAUGUGGUUAGGUUGUACCGUGAAUGUCUUCGUAGAGCUACAUUCAUUGGUAAGCAGCAACACAACACUGAGCUGGUGGUUGGUAUGGUGAGGCAGCAAUUUAAAAAGCACAUGAAUGAGACAGACCCCGAGAAGAUUCAGAAGUUAAAGGAUGAUGCUGCUCGGGGACUCAUCAAUCACAUGUUGUUUGAGUCAGCGAAGCUAACAGGACGCAAGGUUAGCCAGAGAUCGUGAUGCAGCCUUGUUGUUAUCGUUAUGCGCUUUCUGGUUCAUUGUAUUCUGAUAAUGCAUUUAGUGGGCUUUAAUAAAGAACUUUGUAAUGAUUCAUAACAUUGAUGAUCUUGGUUUGCAAUUCA